UGGUCCAGUCUUGUCAUUCACCAUGAAGACGCUGGUGGUUCUCCUGUUCCUCUCUCUUAUUGGAGGCAUUCUGGCUUUUGAUACUUGUUCUAGUGAAAGAUGUGAAGAUUCGUGCAAGAAUCGUUGUGGACACAAACCCAACAAAAAGUACACAUGUCAGUGCAAUGAGCCCUGUGAAAAGUUUGGGGACUGCUGCACAGAUUACUCCAUGUGUAAAUAUAUUGAUCCAGAAUUUAAUGAGGCAUCUCACCAUACAAAAUCAGAUACAACCUGUGAGGGAAGAUGUGGUGAGAAAUAUAACAAGAAACAUACCUGCCAUUGCAAUAAAAAAUGCGCUAAAUUCAAUAACUGCUGUACUAACUAUGAUGAACUAUGCAGUGGAGGUACCAGCAGCACUAACAAGGAUAAAAAAGGAACAACCAGUUCUGGCAGCAGUCCCCACAGAGAUAAAAGCCGGACAGGCAGGUCUGAUAUCAGUAAUGAGGAUGUAAAGGCAAUAUCUGAAAAGUUGUAUCAGUCAGAUGUUAACAAAGCAGCGGAAUCAGAUAUCAUACUGAACAAACAGGAAAUGGUGCAGAAAGAUACUACUAGAGAAGACCUCUGUGAUGAACCAUUGUACCAGUAUGUGAAUGAAGACUUGUUUACAAAACCAACGUAUGCAGCUUUCAUAAAACUGCUGGACAAUUAUGACAGGAAGACAGGGACAGACGAAACAUACAGUCCAGAGGAGUUAAAAGAGCAGGAACAUUUCUUGCAGGAAGUGAUGAAGACAAAGCUUAUGAAAGAACUUUAUACGUUUUUCCAAAAGAAAGAUCUAUAUACCACAGAAAAAGAGUUUACUGAUGACCUGCAGAAGAUGUGGUUUGGACUUUAUUCUAGGUCCAGUGGAGAAGCUGAUUCAAGUGGAUUUGAGCAUGUGUUUGUUGGUGAAGUAAAGAAAGGCAAAGUGUCGGGAUUCCAUAGCUGGAUCCGGUUUUAUCAGCUGGAGAAGAAAGGAAUGUUGAACUAUUUCAGCCACAAUUAUGAUGGGCCGUGGACAAGCUAUCCUGAUGUGCUGGGGAAACAGUUUCAUUGGGAUGGUUAUCUAAAGGAGGUCGGCUCGCAGUUUAUUGGAUCAAGCCCUGAGUUUGACUUUGCAAUGUAUACCUUGUGCUUCAUUUCCCGUCCUGGUAAAAAGUGUGUAAUAUCUAUGGAUGGACAUACAAUGAAAAUUCAAACCUACGAAUGGACCAAGAACACUUAUGGAAAAGGGAAGCGGUACAUUGCCACUGCCUACCCCGAGGUUUAAUCUAGUGAAAGACAAUAGGACAAAACCUUGUG